GAAAUUUUACAUGAUGGCUCCUGGGGAACUGUGUGUGAUGAUUCUUGGGAUCUCAAGGACGCGGAGGUCGUUUGCAGAAUGUUAGGAUUUGUUGGGGCUUUGAAAGCUCCAGUUGGUGCUCAUUUUGGUAAAGGAUCUGGGGACAUCUUUCUCGAUGAAGUGCAGUGCAAUGGAACUGAAAUCGAUCUUGAACAUUGUGAUCAUGACGGUAUUGGUGUCCACAACUGUGCCCACAACGAAGAUGCAAGCGUUGAAUGUAUCCAACCAGAUACCGCAAAUAAAAUUGCAAUCGUUUACGGGUUAUGUAUCACAUUUCCGAGCUUCUUCGUAGUGAUAACUCUUACAUAUUGUUUACGGACGGUCAGGACCAAAAGGGCAGGUCGCUAUUUAGAAAAUGAAAUUUACUUGGAUCUUCAAGACAUAGGAAUAAAUAAGGGAACAAUGGCACCAUCUACUUAUCAGGAUCUCAAUGCACCACCAAACCUUCCAGAGCGACCUCUAACGACGUUUCGUCAAAGUACAACGCGAUCGUCUGGCCAGCGGUUUCAUAACCACGAUGAGCGGAUUCUGACAGAAAAGGACAGAGAGCAUGGCAGCCACGAUUAUACAGAAAUGGGAACCACUAACAAGACUGUUUCCGCGGACAAGGACGAACAUAGCUAUGCUUACAACAUUCAUUUAGAAAACAGUGCUAAAGAUAACGGACCACAAGACCACAUAACGUCAAUGACCAGCACAAGAAGGCAAGAAGACGCACGUGAGCGGAUAAGUCAUGGGCAGUCAAACGGUCAAAAUAAAGCACAGGGGUAUAAGGUCAUGAACACUGUGUACAAAAAGAUUGAUGUAGGAAAAGAUGAGGAUAUUGACGGAUAUCUUCUUCCAAGUAAAACUAACGAAACGGCGAAAUCUCCGAUUCGAGCUGAGCACGCAAAAGCAACCAUGCCCGCAGAUAACGACAAGAUAUCGGUAUCAUCACGAACAGAUUACUCCGAAGAUGAAAACGCACGGCUGCAAAAAGAAGUACAAAAUACAGAACUUAGUGCACAUGAAUUUUUAGAUGUGACCACAUUUGGCCAAGGAAUAUCGAAGGAAAAUAAAAUAGACAGUGACGGCUAUCUUCUGCCGGUCGCUUCUGGUGUCAGUCAUGAAAUGAACGACUAA